UUGUAUUCUGCUGGACCUGUUGCGGUUGGAACUGAUCGUGCAAUUGGAAAAUUAACAGUUGAUGGAGAUAUUUAUACAACUGGAAAAUUAAUCACACCAUCAGAUAUUCGUCUCAAAGAAAAUAUAACUGAAAGAGAAGCAAGAGAAGCUCUCGAUAACUUGUGUAAAUUGAGAAUUGUCGAUUAUUUCUACAAACCAGAAGUUGCGGAAAAAUGGGGAUUGACUGAAGAACAAAGAAAAAGAACUGGUGUUAUUGCACAAGAAUUGGCUGCAGUUUUACCAGAUGCAGUGAAAGAUAUUGGUGAUUAUUUGACUGUCAAUGAAUCAAGAGUUUUCUAUGAAACUGUUUUGGCGACACAAGAAUUAUGUAGAUUGACAGGAGAUCUCGAUCAAAAAAUUGAUGAUAAAGUUGAAGAAAUUUCUCAACGCUUGGCAAAAUAUGCUGCCAGAAAGAAGAUGUUGAGUUCAAUGGCAUCAAAUUUGGAUUCGAAAGACAAGAAAUCAAUUGUUUCACAAUCACAUCUUUCAUUGAUUUCAUCAGUUUCCCAAUACAAAGAAAAAAGAAGAUCACGACGAGCAUCAAGCCAACAACAACAAGGUUUAUGUGGAUCUCGAUGGGCUCAAGGGACAAUUAUUCUUCUUGUUGGAAUAAUGGCUUUCUGCCUUCUAACAAUGUCAGGAUUAUAUGUUCUUGAUUGGCAUAAUCGAAACUAUGGAUAUCACCACGUUUAUCAUGGAUCACAAUCUGCUGAACCACCAGCAAAUAUGGUUUUAUCACCAAAUCGCGGUGUACCACAUUGGCAGCCAGAUGCCCCGCCAGUUAUGCCAAAUUGCGUUUCAUUACAAUGCAAAAAUUAUUGUUGUCCGGAUGGAGAAGAAGAACCAGACAGCGAAGAGGUUCGUUUUUCUUGUGCGCAUGAUUAUGAAAAACAACGUGAUUUUUUACAGUUCAACGGAGAGAACAGUUUUGAACCAGUGUCUCGAUCAACAUUCACCAAAAGAGAAUUCGGAACCGGAGUAUCGAUUCAAUUACCCGAAUAUAAAAUGGAUAUCGACAGUCGAUAUUGUGUGGAGAAAAGUUGCAACAAGAAAUUAAGAGUAUUCAACUUAUUCAUCCCAAUCUCCAAAUAUUAUCCAAACCUUCCAUUAGAAGUUCUCAUAAAAACACCACACACCAAAAGUGUCAGUAAUUGUGGAUAUGUUUCAUAUUUUGCAAACAAGCAAUGCUCUGAUAGAAAAAAAUCAACUAUGGAUGACACUAUUUAUCCAGCUUCUUCACAGGUUUGUGUUUUAUUUGUUAUUUUCAAAAUUUCUGAAUUUCUAUAUUUAUUUUGAUAAUUUCAGAUUAUGGAAAAUCUUUUUGAACUCGAUGUUGGAGAUUACAUUCAAUCUGCCUAUCGUUUCCGUGUUUCAUAUAUUGCAGAAGCAUGUUUCGCCCACGAAUCCAAUGGAGGAACUUAUGAAGAAUACAACUUAUUUUUCUACAGACAAUGCAACACAAAUAAUAAUAGUACAACGUUUUAA